AAGGGCCAAGGUGGGUUUCCGGUCGGUAGUGAGUAUAAAGCUGCUGGAGUUCUGCUGGAGGUCCAGAAGCUCAGCAUGCGGGACCAGAGCAGCUGGAGCUCCGGGUUCGGAGCCGCAGGUCGCCGUAAAGCGGCUCCUUCCCCCGCGGAGCAGAGGAGGCAGCUGCAGGGAGGAACCAGCAGGAGGUGGCUCCGCAUGGCGACGGUUCUGGGCUACAUGCUGGCGGUCUGCCUGGUCUCCGUCCUCCUGGUUCUUUACUACGGAGUCUUCUGGAAGCCCACCUCCGGUCCCGGAGCGCCUCCAAGCCGCAGCUGGAGCGCAGAGGAGAAGCGGAGGAAAUGUGGAGGAACUCCCGACUGUUGGAUCCAUGGAGGCGGUUCCGCUCCAAGGGAUUUUGGGAACUUUACCACCGGAGGAGGUUCCCCUCAGGCCGCCAGAAGCAGCCCAGAAGCGGCCGCUGUCACCCAGGAGGAUCCGUCCAACCUGCCGACCCACCGGACCGGAACCGGACGGCUGGCUGUGGGUCCGGAACCAGAACCGGAUCCGAGAAAUUAUCAAUAGACUGAUUUCUAGCAAAGGAAGGUUGGAUGGACGACCCAGAAAGUUCUGAAGAACCUGAACAGAACCUGGACAGAACCCGGACAGAACCUGGACAGAACCCGAACAGAACCUGAGCAGAACCUGAACAGAACCUGGUGUGUCCUCAGAGAUGGACUGGAGGCUCUAUCUCCUCUGAAGGUUCUAACUAUGAUUUUCUAUCUGCAGAAUGUAGAUAAACAUUUAUUAUUAUAAAAAGUUUAAGACAAAAACAAAAAUGAUGAGAAAUUGAAAUUCUUCCUGGUUGUUCUAAAAUUGAAGCUUCCUGUUUUCUUUGUUUAUCUCGUUUAUCUGCAGUUCUUUGUUUUUUCUAAUAUUUUAUUUUAUAAUAAAUCUGCAUUUUGAAUAUUUGACCUUAUUACAUUUUUUAAAAUAAAAUAAAAUGACUAUAAACUACUUUCCUUGA